CUACACGGCGGUGGCUGCGCGCGCAUACGGCGCAGCUGCAGCUGCGGCACAACCGGUCGCAGGAUAUGCCGCAGUCGCGGGCUACGGGCGUGAAUACGCCGAUCCCUACCUCGGACAUGGCAUCGGACCUGUGGCGGGUUACGGGGCAACUGUAUACAGAGGUGGCUACAAUAGGUUCACGCCGUACUAAAUGGAUCAUUAGUAGAACCCAAGAGCCUUCCAAGUUAUACUCAGCAGAACAUGACCAGACACGAGUCGACACAAUCAUCACCGUCAUUUUUGUCAUCAUCGAGAUCACCCACGAGACGACGAGCCUGGACCCUCCCACGCAUGCUGACUCGCUGGUUUUACCUUCCAACUUUGUGACUCAAGGUCAUCGUGAAGAUGCGAAAUCCUCGACACCGAAAUCGGAACAGAACUGUUAUUAACGUGAAAAGCACCGUCGUGCUUUUCUACGUCAAAUCUUUAAAUAGUACCUUCGAAAAUAUAUAAGCGAUAAUUGAAAUAGGCGAGAAAAAUUUGUCUGUAAAAUGCAACGGCAGCGUCGAGGUCGGCGCAUCAAAGUAUCGAGUCGUGUUCGGCCAGAAAUCGCCUUUAAAGUUGCCUCUAAAGUCGCUUCCCUGCCAGCAGCUAUUCGCAGGGGGGUGCCUUCUACUUGAUUCCGUUUCCAUCUGAUCAAUCGGUCCGAGCAAAUUGUACUGAAUUCCAAACAUCAAAAUUGAUAUAAAACUAAUGGUAAUUGCUUCUUACACUUUUGAAUUUUACUCUGCACAAAAUUAUUUUCGAUAAUACCAUCACGUUUCUCUGUAUUUGUCAUAUAUUCUUCUUUAAUAUGAUAUUAAGCGUUUCAAUCUUGCGAACAAUUUUAUGUGUCACUAAAUGGAAUAUGAUAAUAGUUAUAUUUCUUUCUCUCUCUUGUUUAUAGUUUCUAUAAAACACAUUCAUGUUGUGAUAUUAUGUCCGAUACGAUGCAUGAUUCAUGCAGGUUUGCCUAUUUACUGAAAUACUUGUAAUAUAGUUGUACAUUUGUUGUAAUUAUUUCUAUUUAAGUCAACAUUGCACAUUACGGUUUGCAUUCAUAGUCUAAAUUAGCAGAUAGUGUUAAUAAUUCGAAGGGACUGCCGAAUCGCGCGCGCGAAGAAGCCCUAAACAAUUCGCACAAAUAUUAUAGGACAGUUUUACGCACAUGAUUUAUUUAGAUGAAAAUAAAAUAAGCAAAUACGCGAUUAUUGAAUCAUUACCGUAAAAUGAUAUAAUAUACUUUGCUACAGUAUAAGAUAUAAUUUCUUUGCGAGAAAUUGACGAAUGGCAGCGAGGCAUUGACGAUUUCAGUCGACACGAACCGACACAAGGUGAUCCGAAAAAGCGAGAUCUUUAGGUAGCUAGUUAAAAAAAAAAGAAAAUCGACCUAGAAAAAAAUAAAGGCAUCCAUGUGACCGGUAGGGUUUCUAUGCCAAAUAUAUGUGUAUGCGCUUUCGCGCGUGUGUGUAUGCGUAGGUUUGCGAACCAAAACUGUUCUCAGUAAACUUAAAAGAGUAGCGGAAAUGGAAGAAGACAGAGACAAGAACCGCUUAGACCUCUGAAACAGUAUGCCGGAUUUUAAUUGCAUAGAGUUUAAUCGAAUUGAUUUUUUUUAAUUACAAUAGCGCAUUUUGAUUUCCAUUUGUCUCCUACAAUUCAAUCAAUGUCUCGUUCCUGAAAUCUCAUUCUGAAAAGUUUGAACUAUCUCAUGUCUAAUUGUUUUUAUAAUUUUGUCAAAACAUGAACUGAAUGCAUCGUGUAUCAAAUAAUAAUAGAAGGAUCCGCAGAAGAAAGACUGCAAAGAUCCGUUUUAAUUUUUAUUCUUUAGAAUUGAAUUUGACACCUGUAGACUCAAUUCCACGUUAUGUUGUUAUUCGAAAAGUUUCGCACAACAAUUUUAUCGCAUCCUUUCACGUAUCAUGUAAGAAUAGAACGGCAAAUACGGUUAUAUUGUCUUAUCAAUGCCUCUUCCCUCUUUUUCGAGAAAAACCUGACAUUGAGUUUGUCACGCCCCCCCCCUAGUAUGUACUACUUAUUUAUUUAGUUAAGUGACUGAACAGACAUGACAAUUUUCUUUUUUUACUACAGUAAACGUUAAACAGAGUUCACCUCAUAAUCGCUAAGCGCAGAAUCUCAACGCCAAUGAACGAGAGCAUAGUUAUAGUACAUAAACAAAGAUAGACUUGUAGAAUACGUUUUUUGGCGUGAACCGAUCUUGCAGGGCGUAUCACGAAUGCACUAUCCGCACGAAGCUCUAUCCGCUACGCUAAAAGGAAAGAAGAUCCGUUACGCUCAGGUCACUAUUAACCGGCAAAAAUCAAUAUUGUACAAACAUCUCUAGUAUGAACGUUGCAUACUUAGCAGGUCGUUUCGGUUCCUCGAUGUCGAAGUGACGCGCGUGCGUGCUUGUAAAACGAACUCGUCUUCAUGUCACAAAGGAUGAUUAGGUCCAGCUAAAUAAAAUGUCGACCCAGUUGUAACGAAAUACAUCGAGUAAUCGAAAACGCCGAUACGGAUAGACGUUCAAUAAUGUGAAUACCACUUUUCUUUCUUUUUCCUUUCCGAACUAUUUAGU